UUACAAUCAAUGUUUUGACUUAGAGGGUGAGUCUGGUAUUGUAGUUCGUGGUGUUGGUACUGCUGUUUAUCUUAUUAAGACAAGUACAUUGCUAUCAUCACCCCUUUCAGCCAGUCCAUCGAGGGAUCCACUACGAGAAUGUCUACUUCCUGAGGAAGUUGAUCCCUUAUCGCCAAAUUCACCAACGACUGUGCUACCACCCAAGAUGUCACCGACCAAGUCAGUACCAUGUGUAAGCUCCACAAGAAGAGCAUCUGAUUCAGAUUUAUCAGCAACACCCACAAAAGCUACAGAAAACAGUCAGGGAAGCAGCGGCAGUGGAAGUGGAGGUAUUCCAAAAUCUGUGUUUCCAUCCAAGCCCAUCGUACAACAGAGUAGCAUUGAUAUGUUUGAAUAUCCAUUUUUCAGUAUAAAUCAUUUUCCUCCUGGCUUUUUGGUUCACCUUGGUGGAAUGGUUACUGCUAGAUCUGUCAAGUUGCUUGACAGAAUACACAACCCUGAGCAGGCGACACUCUUACUGGUGGGCCACCGCAGAGCUAUGUGCGAUAUCCUCCAGUAUAACAUGGCUCUCCUGGCCGGGGCUACUACCGUGCAACGAGACCCGGUCAUACGCGUGUGUUUUCGCCGGCGAAUUGAGUCAGGGGGUACGCCACCGCCUCAGUUACACAGACUUGACAUCGCCCACCCUCUUCACUGGGGAGAUGGCAGGUGCAGUCUCAGAGCUUCGGAGUGCAAUGAACCAGAUACAGAUAGUUCAGGUCGAAUCUGCUAG